AUGCAAGCGGUGCUCCAGCCGCCAAAACUUGAGUCACAGUACAUCAAAGGUGAGCAAGACGCUGUGCGCGAGUACGCAAGAAUUAGGAAUCAUGAGUAUGAUAUUGUCCGCGGUGAAACAAUGAUGAUUGCAUUGUUGCCAUUGCUGGAAAAUGUUGACCAACUGAUUAUCGGAUAUGGACGGAAGCAGCUUGGAGGUCAUCAUCAAGGACUUGCCGCAACUAUGUCGCACUGGAAAUCAGAGUUCGCCACCAUCCCGAAGCCACUGCCCAUUCUGCCACCUGCAAAGAAAAUUAUCCGCGCACCACUGGGAAUAUACCGUAGCAUCACUGUCAAGAUUGAACUCGACUCGUCAUUAGCCUCUCAAAUUGGGAGUACUUGCAGAAGGACCAAAGUUGGCCCUUUCAACUUCUACCUUGCAACGUUCAGGGUGCUUCUUUAUCGACUUACUGGUGGCAAGGUCGCGGACAUAUGCAUUGGUAUAGCGGACAGCGGGCGAAAUAACCAUCUGGUGACCAACAGUGUCGGCGUCUUCCUAAAUCUUUUACCUCUUCUCUGCCAGCAGCAACCUUCUGAGGUAUUCAGGGAUGCGCUAAAUGAGACUCGGUCAAAAGUGAUCACUGCACUGGCGAAUAGCAAGGUGCCAUUUGACGUGCUUCUCAACGAGGUAAACCCGCGAAGAACAUCUACUUCGAGCCCUUUGUUCCAAGCGUUUAUUAACUACAGAGAAGGAGUCCAGGGGAGAAGACAGUUCUGUGGAUGCGAUAGUGAAGCCAUUUAG